AUGAGCGAUACCAGCCAAGUCGUAGCCACUCAAGGGCAGACAGAUAGCUCUUCUGUGAUAUCCAAGUCUUUAUAUACCAAAAUCAAGGACAACUCAGUCAGCCCUACAAAUCAACAAAAGAAAGACGAUACGGAAAAGAAGAACAAAAAGCAUUACAAAGGUAGAGGGCGCAAGAAGAACGCCAACGUUCUGAAUGCGACUGAAGCUGAGGCCUCCAAGAGUGGAAGUUCGCCCGAGGGAGAGUUGCAGAAGGACUCUGGUGCUUCAGCAGAUAACAUGAACAAGAACAAGAAUAAGAAUAAGAACAGGAAUAGAAGCCGUAAACCGAAGGAGCUCAAAGAUAAAAAUGCUGCGACGGAUGAGAAGAAUAAAAAAUCGAACAAUGAUAUAUCAUCGAAUAAGAAAAGUACAUCGUUUAGUCAAUUACGGAAAAAUAGGAAUCAGAGUCGGUUGACCUCGGCGUCUUCAGAUGCGUCAGUGGAUACGCAACUGCAGCAACAAGCGCAACUAGAAAGUCAUGAAAUAAAUGAUACAUCAACAAAGCAAGAUGAAGACCCUGCAACGAACAAACAAUCAAAACCUAAUAAUAGACGGAGAAGGAAUAGAACACGGAACAACAAGGAAGGAUCACAUCAAAUAUUAUCUGGGGAAAAUGAUAUGGCAACAGUAUUGGCUCAUGAAUUGAAAACCUCAACUUAUGAAUGCAUGAUUUGUAUGGAUGUUGUUAGACCUGCCCAUCAUAUUUGGAGUUGCGAUUGCUGUUGGGCUAUAUUUCAUUUGGAUUGUGUACAAAAUUGGGCGAAAAAAUCACUCAAUGAUACCUCUUCUAACAAAAUGAUUACUGGCUGGAGGUGUCCUGGAUGUCAAACCACGCGAACGGUUAUAGCGAAAGAUUACAUGUGCUUCUGUGGUAAACAAAGGAAUCCACAUCCUUCAAAAUAUAGCACACCUCACAGCUGCGAGCAGUUGUGCAAACGCCCCAGAAAAUGCCCACAUGAAUGUAUUUCUCCUUGCCAUCCAGGGCCUUGUGCACCAUGUAGUUUGAUGGGCCCUACUUUAACUUGUUAUUGCGGACGUUCGGAGAGAAAAGCACGCUGCGUAGACACAGACUAUACCACCAAAGGAUUCUCAUGUACACAGGUUUGCAACGAAUUGCUGGGAUGUGGGAAGCAUAGAUGUGAAAAGACCUGCCAUGAAGGAUUAUGUCCUCCUUGCGAAGUGGAAGAAGUACAAUCAUGUUAUUGUGGACGACACGAAAGAACAGUUCGCUGCGGAACCGGUAAACAAAUACAAUUGCGAGGACAUGUUGGCUAUUAUAAUUGUUCUGAAAAGUGCGAUACACCUUACGUAUGUGGCCUACAUCAUUGCCAAAAAUCUUGCCAUCCAUGUCUAGCAAAUAGCCAAGUAUGUCCCUUUGAUCCAACUGUAAUAAGUACCUGUCCUUGCGGAAAGUAUAGUAUUUCGGAAUUGCUUAAUGGCAAAUCUCGUGAGAAAUGUACAGAUAUUAUUCCUACUUGUGAAUCCAUUUGCGACAAGAUUAGACCGUGUGGGCAUCGUUGUGAAGCCAAAUGUCAUUUGGGUCAUUGUCCUCCUUGUCAAGUAGAAGUGGAAGUUCCUUGUCGGUGUCAGUCCUCUACCUUUGUGGACACCUGUGCGAAUGUUUGUGAAGCUGCUGGUGGUGAGCCACCUAUUUGCGACCGGGUUUGUAAGUCUAUGCGAAACUGUGGCCGUCAUCAAUGCGGUGCUAAAUGUUGUCCAGCCAUGAAGUCUAAGGGAAAGAAAAAAACGGGCACUGAUUUUAUUCACGAUUGCCCAGAAAUAUGCGGCCGCUUGUUAUCCUGUGGCAACCAUUAUUGUAAAGAGAAAUGCCACAAAGGAAAUUGUCCACCUUGCUUAGAAGCAAUAUUCGAUGAAGUUACUUGCCAUUGUGGCCGUACUCGCUUGGAACCUCCUGUACGUUGUGGAACGAAAUUGCCUCCUUGCCCUUUUCCCUGCUUACGACCAAAUCCUUGUGGACACAUCCGUUUCUUGAACCAUAACUGUCAUCCGGACGAUGAACCCUGUCCACCUUGUCCUGCCCUUGUUAGUCGAUAUUGUCUUUGUGGCAAAACCGAACUCAAGAAUGUACCUUGUUUCCGAGAUUCACCACGCUGUGGUCGUAUCUGCGAUAAGACAUUGCCUUGCGGUAAGCACAAAUGUCUUAAAACAUGUCACAGCGGCCCCUGUCUUGAUGAAGGCGAAGCUUGCACUCAAAUAUGCGGUGGAGUAAGAUCACGUUGUGGACAUGCUUGUACAGAAAAAUGUCAUGAUGGCCCAUGCCCAGAAGUUGAACCCUGUAAAGCUAGAAUCAAGACUACCUGUAAAUGUGGACAAAAUUGUAUCGAAUUAACUUGCAAUGCCACAGCUACUUCUGAAGGAGUCAAGAAGGAACUGGAUUGUAAUGACUUUUGCGCAAAAGUACAGCGUAAUCGUCGCUUAGCUUUGGCUCUUGGCAUCAAAAGAGAUGACUAUGCUAGUUCGCCUUCGCCUAGCUUGUCCAAUACUACUGUGGCUUUAAGUUCUGACGAACUUGGAUAUUAUGAUGACACACUUCGUGAAUACUAUCUGAGUAAUGCUUCUUGGUGUCAUGCCAUUGAAAACACAAUGAUCGAAUUCGUCAAGGAUAAUGUGAAGAAGUCAUAUUACUUCAAACCUAUGCGCAAAGAAAACCGCCAAUUUAUUCAUCGAUAUGCUAUUCACUUCAAUCUCACUACUGAAGCAAUAGAUCAAGAACCACAACGUUCCGUAAUUUUGCGCAAAUCUUCGAGUCCUUGUAGAAUACCAACCAUCUUGUUAUCAAAAGCUGCACGAAAUCCUUCACUUGCAUGUCUUCCUCCUUCCUUGCAAGCUGAAUCAGAUCUUAACGCUCGCCCAUCCUCGAAGAAUCCUAUUAAUGCUCUCUAUUUAACCGAUAUGGCAUUUGGUCUAACCAAAAUUGAACUGGACGCCUUGUUGGUUCCUUUACUCAGUUUACAUAAUGAAUCAAUACCAUUUACUUCGAAAUGGGUGAACGAAAACGAUGCUGUAGUUGUUCCUUCUAUCAAUGAUGCAAUUUCCAUCGAUGAAAAAGAGAAGAUUAUUUGGCAGUUGAAGAAGAUUGUAAAGAAUGCGUUUGUGACAAACGAACCGGGUAGCCAUAAUAAUAAAGCUGCCCGCGUAGAUUGUUGUUGGGUAAACCAAAAAGGAGAAGUGACAUGGACAGAAAAGCAAUUGUUAACGCCAAAGAAUGAUGUGCCCUCAACUGGUAUUGCAAACAAAGUCCAAUCUACAAAUGUUUUUGAUGCUCUAAAUUCGGUCAAAAACAAUGAGGAUGACGGUUGGAUGAAGGUUGGCGGUGACAAUCCUUACAAGCCUAUAAGAGAUGCUUGGUCUGAUGAGCCAACAACAACAACAAAAAAUACUUCUACCGUAGUUGACGCUUCUUCUGACAUUGCAACUGUAACUCCUGCAGAAGAUAGCAUAAGUGAGCCUAUUAAGAAUAUAGAGGAAAGAAGGUCAAUACCUCAGGUGGAAUCGAAGAAUACACAAGUUUCGACGACGAACACUCUCAAGUCGGAUAAUAAGUCAAAUGAAACUACAGCUGAUGAUUGGGAAGACCUUCUGAAUGACGAGUAG